AUGGCGAGCACCAAGCUUGCGUUCCUGGCCGUCGCCGUCCUGCUUCUGCAGUGCGCCGUGGCCCAGCAGGCCGGCACCCCGGCGGUGAUGGCGCUGACCAGCUUCGAGGACGGGGACCCCACGGCGUGCGACGGCCAGUACCCCAGCAACGACGACCUCGUCGUGGCGCUGUCCACGGUGUGGUUCAAGGACGCAACCAUGUGCCACAGGAAGAUCCGCAUCACCAACUCGCUGCCCAACGGGCUCAACCUGGUGGCCGAGGUCGUGGACGAGUGCGACACCCAGAGCGGCUGCAAGGACAACAUGAUCGCCACGUCCAAACGCGUCUGGAAGGCGCUCGGGCUCGACACCAACCUCGGCGAGGUUCCCGUUACCUGGUCCAUCGCCUAA